AUGCCGAGGUCCUUUCUUGUGGAUUCCUUGAUUUUGAGGGAGGCAAAUGAUAAAGGGAGGGAAAACAAUCCACCUUUAUUUCCUUACGCUAUGCACCCGUCCCACCCACUCCAUGGGUUGUCCUCGGGCUCUUGCCACUCACGGAAGGCUGGCUUGCUGUGCUUCUGUCCGCUAUGCGUAUCCCAGCUACACCCGUCUCCACCAACCUUGCCACUCCUCAAGGCAUCCUUCCCUACCUUCGGCUCCCAGUACUGCCAUUCAGCACUAUCGAGGCAACACACGUCCUCCACUGGCGUCAACCUCAACCAUGGUCCGGGGAUAUAUCAAGCAACCUAUUCGGUUCCAGACCCACGCCAGUUCCACUGCAUCUCCAUCGAAAACAACAACAGCCAACUUCAGAGCAGCAAGCGCAUGCGCACAGCUUUCACCAGCACACAACUUUUGGAGUUGGAGAGAGAGUUCACUUCCAACAUGUACCUCUCAAGACUUCGGCGUAUUGAGAUCGCCACAUAUCUAAACCUGUCAGAGAAGCAGGUCAAGAUCUGGUUCCAGAACCGCAGAGUCAAACACAAGAAGGAGGGGAAGAGCGGCGCGCACAGAACCGGCUCCCACAGUUGCAAGUGCUCAUCCAUGUCAUCUGCACGGUGUUCGGAGGAGGAAGACGAUAUGCCUAUGUCUCCCUCCUCAUCAGGGAAAGAGGAUGAUGGAGAGCUGUCGGUCUCCCCCUGA